AUGGAGUUGAGCUCAGGACAGCGAGUUACUGUCUAUCGUUAUAUUGCCUAUGCGGCGGUAACAUUCUCCGUUGUUACCGUUCUCACAGUUUGCAUCACCCUUCCCAUGGUAUACAACUACAUAUACCAUAUCAAGAGAUCGGUGGAAAUGGACGUCAGCUUCUGUAAGGUGUCCGUACUGCAGGGGUCCGCAAAAGAUAUUUGGAAUGAGGUGGAACGAAUUAUGAGUUCACCGCCAGCACAUAAUCGGACAGUUCGUCACAUUGGAGGCACCACUGUUGCAAUCAACGCCUGUAAUGCUUGUUGCAUUCCCGGACCACCAGGACCUGCAGGAACACCUGGAAGACCCGGACGUCCAGGAAUUCCUGGUGCUCCUGGAGCUCCCGGAAUGCCUGGAGGCGCUGGAGGAGGAGGCUGUCAGCCUGCUCCGCCUCCAUGUAAGCCAUGUCCAGAAGGUCCACCGGGACCACCUGGGCCUAUGGGACCUCCUGGCGAACCUGGCAUAGACGGUAUAAGUGGCGGUGGGGGAGGAGCUGGUCUUAUGGGACCUCCAGGUCCAAAGGGGCCACCUGGACUUCCUGGAAAGAUGGGGCCACCAGGGUUGCCUGGUGCUCCAGGAGAAGAAGGCGGUGGGGGUGGCUAC